UGAUAACAGUGGUAAACUAUCGGACAUACAUCAGACACAGAUAAUCUAGGAAUCAGAUCGUAAUCCAUGGGUGAGUAUGUGUUUGUCAAGUCUCUUGACGCUAUCCACUGAUGUGGCUAUGGGCAAUCCGGCUGCUACGACAUUCCGAAUGGGAGCAACUUCUGAUGAGGAAAGGUGGAAACUCACCUGAGUGUUCGUUCUUUGAUGUGCAAUUCUCCGAGGGUUGCCUCGAGGAACGUCGUGAUGAUGUUCUGCUAAUACAUUCGUCUUGGAGUGAUUUAGUGUAGUUAAUAUGUUGUAUGCUAUGGUCAGAUCACCUUACUCUCCUGUGGUUCAAUGAGAAUAAUCUCAAGUGUUGGAGUCUGUUCUCGUGAGACUUCAGUUUUAGUUCUAUCGCCCACUUCUUGGCCCAUUCCUGUACUUGGUAUAAGAGAUUCACAACUUUUGGAAAGAGGAUCGGGCCAACAUUGUGGACUUCAAGUUGGGAGCGUGAGUACACUUCAAGCAGUGUCAGGAACAAUUCUGUUAUGUUUGCGUCAAGUCUUCCUUGUAUUAAGCGGAGAGAUGAGUUCGUCUUGGCUUCUUCCUCUAGGUAGUUUCGGAGGUUGUCACACGGGACAGGCCUUUCCUGAACCCGUGUUUGGUUUCACAUCUCUGUGGGUGCACGUAUUCCCUGAUUUGUGGACUUUUCCCUAAUAAUGAAUCUGUCGAGACAUUUGAAGUCAGCUUGUAAUUUGGCUCCUAGCUUGGCCUCAGAACAUCUAUUUAAUCGUACUUCGGCGUUGCAUCUAUUUCUCGAUGCCAUAAAAGAGCUACGGUCAAAAUCC